AUGUCUUUUGAAAUAGAUUGGUCCAAAAUACAAAAUCAAAAAAAUAUAAAUGAAACAAUAAAGUCAUUUUUUAAUACCCAUUUAUCUAAUAUAGAAUUACCCAGCUACAUUAAGAAUUUACGAAUCACUAAUUUUGAGAUCGGAUCAAUACCACCUUCUUUGGUUUUGAAACAAAUAAGUGAUCCUUUACCUCAUUUUUAUUAUCCAGAGGAUCCAAAUCAUAAAGAAGAACAAGGAGAUACUGCAAAAGAAAAAACAGAUCUUAAUGGAAAAGAUCCCCAGUCAAAUAAGGACGAUAUCAAUUCUUCUGCUUACCGCCAUGAAAACGAUAACCAACAAGGUUUUUUUGAAAAGAAUGAAAUGGAUAUACAAUUUUUAUUAGAUGUAGAAUAUAAAGGCGAUUUAUUAAUAGAAAUAAGCGCGGAAGUGGUAUUGAAUUAUCCAACUCAAGACUUUUUAUCGUUGCCAUUAAAAUUGAGCGUUUCAAAUAUAGGCAUUCAUUCAUUAUGUUUAGUUGCAUAUUUAAAAUCAAAGGGACAACUUUUUUUUUCAUGUUUAUGUGAUGUGAGCGAUGAUGAACUGGAUAACAAUGCUAUUAAGAACUCAGAUGAGCUUACAUAUAAUUAUCAGCCUUCUAUGGAGAGAAUACAAUUUAUACGUAGAAUGGAUAUAUCUAGUGUGAUAGGAGGUGGGGAUGAUGAUAGUAACAAUGGGACUACUAACGUUAUGGAUAGAAAUUCCAAAUCGGUGCCAUAUGCAUCGUUACUAAAUUCUUCAAUUCCACCGAGUAGUAAUCGCAAUAAUAUAAAUAUUUCUAAUAAAACAUCUAGUGCUGAUACAAAUAAUACCAACAAGAACAGAAAUAGUGGUAACAGUGGCAAUGAUUUGCAGAAUACUUAUAACACUGGGAUCCGUAACGUAAAUGAGGUAGAAAAUUUCAUUUUAGAAAGCUUAAGGAAUAUAAUACGCAAAGAAAUAUGCUGGCCCGGUUGGAUAGAUUUUGAGUUUGAAUAA